AUGGCAAGAACUAUGGCUGCCGAAGCUUACUCCUCGGUCGAAAAAAUCAAGAAAUUGGAAUCUGAGCUUGCUGAUUUGAAGGAAUCUAAUACUUCUGCUCCCACUUCUCUGCAGCUUGAGGCCGCUCGCCAGGAGAUCAUGGAUUUGAAGACUAGGCUUGAUGCGAUCCAAAUAAAGUAUGAAAAUGCAGAGAAGGAAAUCGAGCGUUACAUACCUCAGAUUCAAGAUCUUGAGCGUUCCAUAUCUGAAUUUUGCUCUGCUGCUUAUGCAAAGGAUGAAGAAUUGAUUGCUACUUACAACCAAGCGAUCCACUUCAAAAAGGUUGUUGACAGGCUUGAGCCUCAAGUGUCGGAACUUCAAGGUGUUUUGAAGACCAACGACAAUCUGAAGAAGGAAAUUGAGGAGUUGCAGCGGGUUCGUGCUUGCCUGCUUGAGGAGAAUGAGCAGUUGAAGAGUGAGAAUGAUGGUUUCAAGGCUUCGCUUAUUCAGAAUCAAGCCGAUUUCUACAAGUUGGGCUAUGUAGAUCAUCUUUAUGGGCGGCCGUCUGACUUUGAGUUUUUCGUUGAAGGAGUUGAUACCCAGGCUGGAGCAGUCGAGGGUAAAGAUUCGGAGGAUGCCGCUGCUGAAAACACCAAGGCUGCUGAAGGUGUAACGACCUAG